AUCCUCAGCAUAUCCCCUGCUCUUCUGCCCACCUUCCUCACUAAGAAAAGUUAUUUGCCUUUGCCUUUCCCUUUUACAUUCAUAUUUGCUUUAACAACCCUCUUUCUUCCCGUUAAAUUUAUAUCUCCCUCUCUCUUUGAUCAUUGCCAAAUUAUAAACCAAGUUUGGUGUUUUCUUUUCGGUCACUUCUUCUCUCACAUUUUGUUCACCUCAUCUCUUCCACUGGAUCUUAUUCUUCCUUCUUCGCUUCAAUUGUCUCCAUCUAUUAAUUAUCUAACUAUUUGUAUUCCAGUUUUAGUGAAUUUUCUGUAUGGAAAAGACCAUGGAUACAGAGCAAAACACUCUCAUCAGUGAACUAAUCCAAGGGAAGGAGCUAACUAAACAGCUUAGCAACCCUUCUUCAUCGCCCAAAACUCGACAACUCGUAAUCCAGAAAAUUCUCUCUACUUAUGAGAAAGCGCUUUCAGUGUUGAACUCUGGUGCUUCUCCGGUUGACCGUAAGCUGAACAAUAAUAUUACAAUCUUAGCAUCACCAUAUUCCUUUCCCAAGUGUAGCCCAACAAAUGAGGCUUCGGAUCAAGAUUGUAAAGAUCAAUGUCACAGUAAAGAUGUGUAUAAGAAGAGAAAGACAAUGGCCCGGUGGACUGAACAAGUAAAGGUUUGCUACGGGACAGGGUUAGAAGGGCCUCUUGAUGAUGGCUACUGCUGGAGAAAAUACGGACAAAAGGAUAUUCUUGGUGCUAGUUAUCCAAGAGGGUAUUAUAGAUGCACUCAUCGUCACGCACAAGGUUGUUUGGCCACAAAACUUGUUCAAAGAUCGGACGACGACCCUACCAUUUUUGAGGUGACCUAUCGAGGAAGACAUACAUGCAGCCAGAACACUCGUUUGGCUAUACCCUCUGCUUUAUCAACAAAGGAAGGGGCUAAAGAUAAACAGAGUCGUUAUCAUAAUCAACAGGAACCAGAAGAUAAAGUAAAGCAAUCAAAAGAGUUCAUGAUCCAUUUUGGAACGGAGCUCAAAGUUAAGACCGAGGACCUGGACAACAAGGAGGAAAUAUUUCCUUCGUUCUCUUUUCCACAAACAUCAAUUACUGAAACUGAAAAUAUGGAGCACGAUAUUUUCAAAGAGUCCAUGAUGGAAAUGGAAAACAAUUUCAUGGGUAGUUUUUCUCCAUCAUUUUUAUCGCCCACAACUUCUGAAUCCAACUAUUUCUCAGUGUCACCAUGCCACAUGAACAACAGCUUUGGAUUAGACCAAACUGUGCGUACUCCAGAGUCUGGAAUCACUGAGAUAAUUUCAACCCCAAAUUCAGUCACAAAUUCACCAACUGUGGAUCUUGAUUUCUCACUUAUUAAGGUGGAUUUUGACCCAAAUUUCCCCUUCGACAACCUAGACUAUUUCUCAUGAUAUGUUUCUUUGGCCUCAUCGCGCCCAGUAAAAGAGUGAGUGAGACUAGCAACUGAUCCUAGCCAGCGUUGGAAAGAUUUGCGGCACAAGAGAAUUUUCUUGAUUUGGUAGUUGGUUUUUCUUUUUUUCUGUUCGUCACCCUCCUGUGUACUUAGUUAAUCGACAUAGAUUUCAUUUGCAAGUUCUAGAAACCUAGGCACAAAAUUGCAAUCUUGUACCAUGUAAAAUU